AUGCGCUACACUGAAGUCCUUGCCCUGGCCAUGGGCAAUGUGGUUGCCGCCCAAUUCACCACCACUCGCUUUGCCAACACUACCACCGCAGCUUUCGAGACUGAGACUGCUACUGGAACUGCUACCAUCGGUACCGAGACCACUGGCACUGAGACCACCGCUGCUUCCACCAGCACUGCUGCUGGAGGCAUCGGAAACCCAGACGGCUUCAACUUCCUUGGCUGCUUCUCUGACAAUGGUUUCCCCAGCUUCACCCUUGCUUACACUGGCGAAGAUAACGAUGCCGACAAGUGUGCCGAAGAGUGUGCUGGCUCCAACUUCUUCGGUCUUUUCGAUGAUCGAUGCUACUGUGGCAGCGAUCUUGACCUAGAAACUGCCAACUCUGUCAGCACCAGUCAGUGUGACAUCAUCUGCCCAGGUGACGACUCAGUCAACUGUGGUGGUCGCACAUCCGGCUCUCGAGUCAUGCGCCGCCAGAGCAUUGACAUCAACAUUCUCCUCUCCAUCUACGUCGCCAUCGGUGUCAACCCCGGCGAGACCGAUACCGUUAUCAACACCGACUUCAUCACCGAGACUCUGCCUGCUUCCACCACCACUGCCACCGUUACCUUCACCGAGAGCGGUGAGGUUGCCACCAAGACCGUUACAACUGUUCUCCCUGUUAUCCCUACCAGUGUUAUCAUCAUCUGCUACGGCAACUACUGUGCUCCUCAAGUCCACUGCCCUACUUGCACCAAGUGGCAGGUGGUUUGUGAGGACAACCUUUGUGCGCCUCGCGAAUGUUACGAUGAUACCUGGAACAAGCUCAAGAUCUGCAAGAACGGCAGCUGCUACUACUCUGACUACAAGAACGAGGAGUGCAACCAGAAGAUCACCUGUUACGGAUCUAGCUGCAAGGUCGACUACUCUGUUGACUACGCUCGCAAGUUUGUCUGUGACGUUGAGGAGGAUCGCUACUACUUCGACCAGUGCAAGGACGACUGUUACAGCUACGAGAAGUGCUCUCACGGAGAAUGCGAGCCUGUCCACCCUCCAGUCAGCCCCCCCAAGCCCGUCAGCCCUCCUAAGCCCAUGGUCCCUGGCAAGCCUCCUGUUGUUGUUGUCCCUGAGCCCAAGCCCGAGCAUCCCGUCAAGCCUGAGCAUCCCGUUGCUCCCAAGCCUGAGCACCCCGUUGCUCCCAAGCCUGAGCACCCCGUUGCUCCCAAGCCUGAGCACCCCGCUCCCCCUGCCACUCCCGAGCACCCUGCUCCUCCUGCUAAGCCUGAGCACCCUGAGGCUCCUGUCACACCUGAGCACCCCGAGACUGGAAAGCCUGAGGUUCCAGUCGUCACCGCUGGUGCUGCCAAGUCCUUCGCCGGUUUGGCUGCUGCCAUCGCUGGUUUCGCUUUCGUCCUGUAA